AUGAUCAGGAAACUAAUUUUAUGGUUUAAAAAUCUCAGAAUGAGUAACUAGAUAAUAAUACUCAACUUUUUUAUUAUCUUAUUUGUUGUGCUUGCAACACUAGCGACAGCAUAUGUUUAAUAAGCAAUAUUUUUCUCAUACAUCUAGGAAUUUGAAUAAGCAUUAUCAUUGAAAUAGGAAAAAACAGCUGUAAAUAACAUCUCUACAAAGCUACGUCUUUACAUUAAGUAGAAAAAUUACUAAAGUAAAGAUUGACGCAAUAAUUUAUAGCAAUUCUAAAUUUAUAGCACUCUCAAUAGAUGGUAUAUCAAUUUAUACAAUUCCAAUCAGAUUUCUAGAUCCAUAUAAACUAGUUUUAGGAUUGUAUUGAAGAAGAGGCAAUAAAAGAAGAUUAUAUUGUUUAUAAUUCGGACAUCAUUUGCUAAACAUUAUAAACAAAAUAAUAUGACAGCCAAGGAAUGUUACUCAAUAAAACUCUUUCAUUACUAACUCCUUUCACUUAAUUAUUUACCGGAGGAGAAUAAAAUAAGAUAUCAUUUAUUGAUGUGCCAAAUAAUUAAAUAUUUGCUCUGUUCCCAAAAAUGUAUAAGUACAAAAAUUUCAUUCCAAGCAGUAGAACUUGGUAAGCUUCAAUAAUAUUUCAGGUAUUAGAACCAUAUUGCCUAAUAUUAAAUUUAACCCAGUUAAGAAUAUUAUUACUCUCCAACCUACCUCUCAGCUCGAAAUUUCAUGCCAUAUUAUGCCUUAACCUAUUCCUUGAUUAUUAAUUAAACUUUAUUUGGAAUGACAACCUAAUUAUUGGAGGUAUCCGAUACGAACAUCCAAAAUAUACCUUUGAGCAUUUUUUUAGUCACUUCCAAUGGGGAAGUACUUUUGAGUACUUUACCUACAAUUUCUUAAAUAAAUUUACUUACAACAAUAACUAAUCAAAGCUAUACGGGAUUUAACUAAACAGAUUGGGAACUAAUAUAAAUACAUUCUAAAUUGAAAACAUCAUAAGAAACCUCUUUCUAUCUUGAGAACAAACUUUACAACAGAACUGUCUUUGUGAAUGCAGUCAGCUUUGAAAAAGAAAAUCUAAUUUUAAUAGUGUAAUAUUAUAAAAUAUUUUCAAGUUUCAAAAAUGUGACUUACGAAUUAGAAAUUGGUUAAAAAAUUCAAGAUUAAGUGAAUAAAAUGAAGAUAGAAAUGAUCAAAGAAUUAUAAAUUUAUUUAGGAAUCUCAAUAUUCUUAGUAAUAUUAACCACUAGCUUAAUAAGAUAUAUAUCAGCUCCUUUAUUAAAUUUGAUUGAAGUGAUUAAUAUUCAUAUAAGAAAAAUUGGAAAUAAUUUAAAUUCAGAAUUAUUUAAAAUGAGCUUUAAACGUUAAAAGCAAACAGAUGUCUUUUCAUCACUUACAUAUCAAUUCUUAGAUUUGAAAGAGUUAUAGAGCAAAAGAUCAGAAAGAAAAAAUUAAAUUUGCCAAUAAAUUGAAGAUAUUAAAUACAGUUUUCAAUAUCAAGAAAUAGAUUGUUCUUUAAUUAAAGAAUCAAUCUUACUUCUUCCUAGUUAAGACUUAGAAGAUUUUCGUUAAAAUAAUUCAUUAUUGAAACCUCUUCUUUUAAGAAGUUUUUCAUAGAAAAAAAUGUGGGUUAGUACUGAAGAUUAAACUUUGUAUAGAUAAAUUCUCUUAAAAUAGAUAUUUUAGUAACUCUUUUAAAAGAAUAGUUCUUUCAAGAACUUUUGA